AAAAAAUCUUUGAGAAAAUAAAAGAAAACUAUGAAGCUGUAUUCCUUGGGAAGAACUAGUUCGGCGCCAUGUCACGUACUGCAGUUCAAAGGAGCAAGUAUAAUGUUGGACUGUUCUUUAGAUAUGUCCACUCUGCAGCACUUUAUGCCUCUUUCACUAGUGAACAAUGAACGAACAAGUCAGCUAAAACCAUGGAUUACAAGGGAACUGCAGGAUAUUGAGGGAUUUUCUGCCCAGAAUAACUUAAAGGAAAUUGGUGGAAAAGUAUUCAUAGACGAGGAACCAGAAAUUUGUCCUCCAGAGGAUUGUCUGCUGGAUUUUUCCACAAUUGACAUCAUUGUUAUAUCUAAUUACCAUUUCAUGUUAGCAUUGCCUUUCAUAACUGAGCAUUCAGGUUUCAAAGGAAAGAUCUAUGCUACCGAACCAACAGUUCAGAUUGGAAGAGAACUGAUGUUAGAGAUGGUGGUGUACGCAGAACGAGUACCAAAAGUGAGCAAAGGAAAUAUGUGGAAGGACAGUGAAGUUUUAAGAUGUCUACCUCAUCCUUUGUGUGACUUAAAAGGUACAAAGUCAUGGAAAGUAGUCUACAGCAAAAAAGAUGUGAAGGCUUCAAUUUCAAAGAUUCAAAAUGUUGGAUAUUCAGAGAGAAUUGAUCUGUUUGGCAUUCUGAAGCUCACACCCCUAAGUUCUGGAUAUUGCUUGGGAAGCUGUAACUGGGUGAUAGAAUCUGACUAUGAAAAGGUCAGUUAUAUUUCUUGUUCUUCAACAUUUACCUACCACAUUAAGAAAUGGAGGAAAUGUUCUUGUGCCUUGUUGCCCCUCUGGUGUUCUGUAUGAUCUGUUUGAGUGUUUGUAUUCAUACAUGGACGGUGCCAAUCUUUCAGCCAUCCCUAUCUAUUUCAUCUCUCCUGUUGCUGACAGUUCUUUAGCAUACUCUAAUAUUUUUGCUGAGUGGCUGUGUCAAAGUAAACAAAGCAAAGUUUAUUUACCAGAGCCACCCUUUCCACAUGCUGAGCUUGUGAAAGCAAACCGUCUGAAACACUUUCCAAGCAUCCACGAUGGACUGAGCAGUUGUUUCAAGACGCCCUGUGUCGUAUUCACUGGACAUCCGUCGUUAAGAUAUGGAGACGUAGUGCACUUCAUGGAACUCUGGGGAAAAUCAAAUGGAAACACUGUUAUAUUUACUGAGCCAGAAUUUCCAUACCUAGAAGCUCUUGCACCGUAUCAACCUCUAGCAAUGAAGGCUUGUUACUGUCCGAUUGACCCAAGACUUAACUUUACACAAGCUAACAAACUAAUACGUGAACUUCAGCCCGGCCAGCUUGCUAUACCAGAAGCAUACACCAGAGCACCGGAUUUACUGCCGCACAAAACGGAUCUAACCAUUCAAGAUACGGAGUGCAAGAUCUCCACGUUUAGCCACUUGGAUGUUCUAUCCUUGUCGGUGAAAAGAGAGUUUGAGAAAGUUGUCUUAUCGAACGAGUUGGCCAACGGCCUCCACCCUCAGGAAGUGAGGCCUGGUAUAGCGGUAACCACUGUUACGGGUACGUUGGUAUCGAAAGACAACAGAUAUACUCUUGAGCCAUUAGAUCUGACGGGCGACGGAUUUCACAAGACAACGGAUUCAAAGGCGGAACCCAGAGUAGACCAGAAGUCCUGUCAUUUAUGGGGAAGCGUUCUCGUGGAAGAUCUCAUAAAGUCUUUGGCGAAGCGUGUUAUUGAGGACGUCAACGUGGAUUCUGAUCAGUGGGGACACACUCUACACUUGACCCAACACGAUGCUAUGAUUCAACUGGAUCGAAGUGGGACACACAUUAUUACGCACGGAAACGAGGCUCUUAGGAUCGAGAUCCGGGAUUCGCUUCUUGAGUGCGUGUCGCAGUUUUAAACGCGCGUCAACGUUCAGGAACUUUGGUCGCUGCUUUGUUCAACGCCUGACAUGCCGGCAUCUAAUGGACUGCAGAGGCGCAGACGUCCCAUCAACUUAUGCUGCUGAAUUUUUUCGAGUUUGUUUCAGGACGAACUGGCUUGAAGAGAGCGCGUGGAAAGAGCGAAGUCUUCAAGUCGUUUUACCAAUUUUUUUUCUUUUUUAACUACAAAGAGGAAAGUGUAUAUAAGUUAUGCAUUCGUAAACGAACAUUAAAGUUUGAUUUUAAAUAAAAUAA